GUUGUUUACCAUUAGUUUAAAGUCAAACAAUUCUUGGCAAUACAAACCAUUUAGGAAUUGUUUUAAUUUUUUCUGUUUCAUUUCGAUUUGAAUUUGGAAUCAAUAUUUCUGAAUUGUGUUUUUGUUUGAUUCAUUUGAUUAGUUUGUUUGAUUGAUUAAAAGAUGCCAUCCAGAAUGGAUAAUAAUAAUGGUGAUAACAUUAACAUACCAUUAAUGCCUUCAUUACAACGAUUACAACGUGAAUUGGCUGACUCAAUUAUACGACAGGCACCAUUAGAUGAGAUAAGAAUUCUAUUGGCAUGUGGAGCUAAAGUAAACGAACCAGUUACACAAGGUAUGUUAUUAUUAUUACGCAUUAUGCAUUUAUUCAUUUAUUUGUUCAAAAAAGGUUUGCGUCCACUCCAUUAUGCCACCUAUCAACGAUACGAAAAAGCUGUGAAUCUCUUAUUGGUUAGAGGUUGUGAUGUUGAUGCAAUGGAUGAUGUUGGCUAUACUGCCUUACAUUUAUCGGCUGAACGUGGUUAUAAUGAAUUGAUGAAUCUAUUGAUUGAACAUGGUGCACGUAUUAAAUUCACUGAACUUCGUCCAGAUGAUAAAGCUUUGGGCAAUCCACCGCGUGCGACCAUUGCUGAUGAACCAUUACGAUUGGCGAUUAAGAAUGGUCAUUUAGAAUGUGCAGAAAUUUUGCUCAAAAAUGGAGCCGAUCCAAAUGCAAGAUAUUUUCUUGGAUCAGAAAUUAAUCUAAUUUCUCCAUUGAAUGUGAUGUGUUUGGAAAUGCUACUUAAAUAUGGUGCCAUACCAGAUUCAAGAGAUCGUUCCGGUUUAACACCAUUGAUGAAAGCAUGUCGUCAUCCACAAGGUUAUGCUGCGGCUAAAAUUCUCAUCUAUCAUGGUGCUGAUGUGAAUGCCAUAACAUCGGAACGGCAUGAUUAUCGAAGUGUAUUACAUUAUGCGGUAUUAAGUAAUAACAUUGAUAUUGUGAGAUUAUUAUUACAUCAUGGAGCAAAUGCUCGUUAUAUAUUUCCAACGGCUACAGCACAAAAACCAACCCCAUUAGAUUUUGCAUUACUUAGUGGUAAUGUUGAAAUGGUUAAAUUACUGAUCGAUGCCGGUGCUGAUGUUAAUGUUGGUUCACCAAUUAUUGGACGACCAUUACACAUUGUACUUUCGGAAAAAGCUCCAAACAAAGCCGAAUUGAUUGAUCUUUUAUUGGAAGCUGGUGCCGAUCCAAAUGCCAUCACUAAUGAUGCACGUGGUCCGCUGUUAAAACCACCGAUUGGGGAAUAUUUUAAUGCCAAUGAACCGCCACAGGCAUUUAUCGUUCGAAAACUAUUGAAAUAUGGUGCUAAAAUUGUCAUUAAAGCUCAAGUGCAUGAUCGAAUCGGUAUAUUGAAAGUGAUUAAUCGUUUAGAUCUUGAACGUGAUAAAGAAGUUAUUAAUUUGGUACUUGAAGCUGCCGAUGCAUUCAAUGUUGCCGGCAUAAAACGUUGUUCAUUAUUAAAUGAACGUCUUCGUGAACGUAUUCUGCAGACAGCGACAAAACCACAACCACUAUUACAUCUAUGUCGGCAAUAUAUACGGAAAAUAUUGUAUGAAAUAUCUAUCCAAGCACAAUCUAAUAUGAUGCUAAAAGCCCGUUCCAUUCAAUGUCCAUUGUAUGUGAAUCGCACCAUCAAUGAAAUAGAUGAUUUGAAUGAUAUCGAAUUGGAACGAUUAAAUCGUAUGACAAUCGACGAAAUUGAAGAUGCAUUCAUAACCGGUGGUAAUGGUGAUCCUGAACGAUUAAAAUUAUUGACUAUUUUAUUACGACGACAAUCAAUCAAGCCAUCACCUGUAGCAUCAUUAGCCGGUACACAGGUUAUUGAGCGUAUCGAAAAUCUAUUACUACCGGAUAUUCUAAAACGUUAUCUUAAUUAUGAGAUCUCAUUCACAAGUAUACAUGAAUUGAUGGCUGCUUGCUGACCAUUUCGAUCUAUUUGAAUGGUUUUUCUCUUUUCAUCCUUAUUACCAUCUUCAUCGUCCUCAUCAUCAU